GGCUGUCGGGCGACUCUCUAGCCGCUUCCUGGCGCGGCUUGCUUCCUCUCUAUGGCAGUCGGUCCUCCAUGUACCCGGCCUCAGGGCGGAAGCGGAAGCAGGCUGCCCGGAAGGAACCUACCCGGAGGAGCGGAGGCGGCUGGAGCCGGAAGGGAGCGUGGCGGCCGCUCACAGGCGUUUUCUAUAAAAUGGGAAUUUUUAUUGCACUUCUUGGAAUCUGGUUCAGCUCUUCUCUAGCAAAGGCAGAUUCUAAAGCAGUGACAACGUCCCUGACUACAAAGUGGUUGUCAACCCCUUUGUUACUGGAAGCAAGUGAAUUUUUAGCAGAAGAAGGUCAAGAGAAAUUCUGGACUUUUGUCGAGGCCAGUCAAGAAAUUAGAUCAGAUCAUGUUGGUACUAAUUAUUCCUCUUACCAUGCAAUGCUGAAAGCAGCCUGCCAGAAUCUGUCACCACUGCAGCAGAACUUGUUGAAGUUUUCCCUGUCUUUACGUUCCUACUCUGCUACGAUUCAAGCCUUUCAGCAGAUAGCAGCAGACGAACCUCCACCAGUGGGUUGUAAUUCAUUUUUUGCUGUGCAUGGGAAGACGACUUGUGAUUUUGACACCCUCGAAAUCCUUUUACAAACAGCUUCAGAAAGGCUGAAGCCUUUUUUGUUCAAAGGAGAUCACAGAUUCCCCCUGUCAAACCCAGAAAGUCCUGUUGUCAUACUCUAUGCUGAGAUUGGCACUGAGGAGUUUUCCAAAUUCCACAACCUGCUUGUUUCAAAAGCCAGUGCAGGAGAAAUCGCUUACAUCCUCAGACACUAUGUUGCUAAUCCAAGUAAAGAAAAAGUCUACCUGUCUGGCUAUGGUGUGGAACUGGCUAUUAAAAGCACAGAAUAUAAGGCCAAGGAUGAUACCCAGGUGAAAGGUACAGAGGUGAAUGCUACAAUGAUAGGUGAAAAUGAUCCUAUUGAUGAAGUGCAAGGAUUUCUCUUUGGAAAGCUAAGGCAGUUGUAUCCUGACUUGAAGGAAGAACUGAAGGAGCUUAGAAAGCAUCUUAUUGAAAGCACCAAUGAAAUGGCACCUUUAAAAGUAUGGCAGUUACAAGAUCUAAGUUUUCAAACUGCUGCUCGGAUCCUGGCUGCUCCCACUGUGGAUGCUUUGACGGUCAUGAGAGACCUCAGUCAGAACUUUCCUACAAAAGCCGGAGCAAUAACGAAAACAGUUGUUUCCUCGGAACUCAGAACAGAAAUUGAAGAGAAUCAAAAGUACUUCAAAGGAACAUUAGGAUUACAAUCUGGUGAUUCUGCCUUGUUCAUCAAUGGACUGCACAUUGAUCUAGACACACAGGACAUAUUUAGCUUGUUUGAUGUGUUGCGCAAUGAAGCUCGUGUUAUGGAGGGACUUCACAGUUUAGGAAUUGAGGGCCUUUCUUUGCAUAAUGUUCUAAAGCUAAACAUCCAGCCAUCAGAUUCAGACUAUGCUGUGGAUAUCAGAAGCCCUGCUAUUUCAUGGAUCAACAACCUUGAAAUUGACAGCAGGUACCAUUCUUGGCCUUCCAGUGUGCAGGAACUGCUGCGCCCCACAUUUCCUGGAGUAAUCAGACAAAUCAGAAAAAACUUCCACAACUUUGUUCUUAUAGUGGAUCCUUCCCAUGAGAGUACAGCAGAAUUGCUUAAUGUGGCAGAGAUGUUCUUCAGCAACCACAUCCCGCUGAGGAUUGGUCUGGUCUUUGUGGUUAAUGACUUAGAAGACGUUGAUGGGCUACAAGAUGCUGGGGUUGCCCUUCUUAGAGCAUUUAAUUAUGUUGCGCAAGAAGUGGAUAAUAAUUAUGCCUUCCAGACUGUUAUAUCUAUAUAUAACAAAGUAAAAACCGGCGAUCAGCUGCAGGUUGAACAUGUGGUUAGCGUUCUCGAGAAGCAGUAUCCGUAUGUAGAAGUGAACAGCAUUUUGGGGAUUGAUUCUGUUUAUGAUCAAAACAGGAAGGAAGGCAGAGGGUACUAUGAGCAGACAGGUGUGGGCCCUCUACCUAUUGUGCUGUUUAAUGGAAUGCCUUUUCAAAAAGAGCAGCUGGAUCCUGAUGAUCUAGAAACUAUAACAAUGCAAAAAAUCCUGGAAACCACCAGCCUCUUCCAAAGAGCUGUGUACUUGGGUGAAUUGUCCAGUGAUCAAGAUGUGGUUGAAUAUACCAUGAACCAGCCUAAUGUUGUUCCAAGAAUCAACUCAAGGAUCUUGAUGUCUGACAGAGAGUACCUAGAUCUAACUGCCAUGAGUAACUUUUUUGUGGAUGAUUAUGCUAGAUUUACUGUCUUGAAUUCCAAAGAUAAAACAGCUGCUGUAGCCAAUAGUAUGACCUACUUAACAAAGAAAGGAAUGUCCUCCAAGGAGAUCUAUGAUGAUUCUUUUGUUAGACCAGUUACUUUUUGGAUUGUUGGAGAUUUUGAUAAACCUUCUGGGAGACAAUUGUUAUAUGAUGCUAUCAAACAUCAGAAAUCCAGUAAUCAUGUCCGAAUUAGCAUGAUUAAUAACCCUAGUGAAGAUCUAACCAACAAGAACACAGUCAUCACCAGGGCCAUAUGGGCAGCUCUACAGACACAAACAUCAAACAAUGCCAAGAACUUCAUCACUAAAAUGGCUAAAGAAGAGACAGCAAAGGCACUGGAGGCAGGAGCUGACAUCACAGAAUUUGCGGUUGGUGGUAUGGAUGUCAAUACUUUCAAAGAGGCCUUUGAAUCCCCCAAAGUGGAUUUUAUACUGUCUCAUGCCAUGUACUGCAGGGAUGUUCUUAAGUUGCAGAAAGGACAGAGGGCAGUGAUCAGCAAUGGAAGGAUUAUUGGCCCAUUAGAAGACAAUGAGCUGUUCAAUCAGGAUGAUUUCCACCUCCUAGAGAAUAUUAUACUAAAGACAUCCGGACAGCAAAUCAAAUCCCAUAUUCAGCAAUUGGGAGUAGAAGAAGAUCUUGCAAGUGACUUGGUAAUGAAGGUGGAUGCUCUUCUGUCUGCUCAGCCAAAAGGAGAGGCAAGGAUUGAAUAUCAGUUUUUUGAAGACCGAUACAGUGCAGUUAAACUGAGACCAAAGGAGGGAGAGACCUACUUUGAUGUGGUGGCUAUUGUUGAUCCAGCUACCAGAGAUGCUCAAAGACUUGCUCCAUUACUUAUGGUUUUGAACCAACUGAUAAACAUGAAUCUAAGAAUUUUUAUGAACUGCCAGUCCAAACUUUCUGACAUGCCUCUCAAAAGCUUUUAUCGCUACGUUUUGGAGCCUGAGAUUUCUUUCACAGCAGACGACAACUUUGCUCCUGGUCCAAUUGCCAAAUUCUUGGAUAUGCCUCAGACUCCACUGUUCACUCUGAACUUAAACACCCCUGAGAGCUGGAUGGUGGAGUCUGUCAGAACUCCAUAUGACCUUGAUAACAUUUAUUUAGAGGAGGUGGAUAAUAGAGUAGCUGCAGAAUAUGAAUUGGAGUAUCUGCUUCUAGAAGGACACUGCUAUGACAUCGCUACAGGACAGCCACCUCGAGGACUCCAGUUCACACUGGGAACUUCAGCCAAUCCUGUCAUUGUUGAUACCAUUGUGAUGGCCAACUUAGGCUACUUCCAAUUAAAAGCCAAUCCUGGGGCUUGGGUUUUGAGACUCAGAAAGGGGAGGUCUGAGGACAUCUAUAGAAUCUACAGCCAUGAUGGUACAGAUUCUCCACCUGACGCCAGUGAAGUUACUGUUGUUCUCAACAACUUCAAAAGCAAAAUUAUUAAAGUGAAGGUCCAGAAGAAACUAGACAUGAUGAAUGAAGAUUUACUAAGUGAUGGAACCAGUGAGAAUGAGUCUGGAUUUUGGGAGUCUCUUAAGUGGGGAUUUACAGGUGGGCAGAAGAAUGAUGAAGUAAAACAAGAUAAAGAUGACGUGAUUAAUAUAUUCUCUGUGGCGUCAGGACACCUGUAUGAAAGAUUCCUCCGUAUAAUGAUGUUAUCUGUGCUGAAACACACUAACACUCCAGUGAAAUUCUGGUUCUUGAAGAACUAUUUGUCACCUACGUUCAAGGAGUUCAUUCCAUACAUGGCAGAGAAAUAUAAUUUCCAGUAUGAGCUUGUCCAAUACAAAUGGCCCCGAUGGCUUCACCAGCAAACAGAGAAACAGCGCAUUAUCUGGGGUUACAAGAUCCUUUUUCUGGAUGUGCUGUUCCCACUGGUGGUUGAUAAAUUCCUUUUUGUGGAUGCUGAUCAGAUUGUGCGCACAGACCUCAAAGAGUUAAGAGACUUCAAUUUGGAUGGUGCACCAUAUGGCUAUACUCCAUUCUGUGAAAGCCGUAAAGAGAUGGAUGGCUACAGGUUCUGGAAGUCAGGAUACUGGGCAAGUCACUUGGCUGGAAGAAAAUAUCACAUCAGUGCUCUAUAUGUUGUGGAUCUGAAAAAGUUUAGGAAGAUAGCUGCUGGAGACCGGCUAAGAGGACAAUAUCAAGGACUGAGUCAAGAUCCUAACAGUCUUUCCAAUCUUGAUCAGGAUUUGCCCAACAACAUGAUCCAUCAGGUACCCAUUAAAUCACUACCCCCGGAGUGGCUUUGGUGUGAAACAUGGUGUGAUGAUUCUUCAAAGAAGAGAGCAAAAACUAUUGAUCUGUGUAAUAAUCCAAUGACCAAAGAGCCCAAGCUUCAAGCAGCUGUGCGCAUUGUCCCAGAGUGGCAGGACUAUGAUCAAGAAAUUAAACAGCUAUACAGUCGUUUCCAGAAAGAGAAAGAAUCAGGAACCCUUACUACAACAGAUGGGAUGAAACAGCAAAACAGAAAAGAUCUAGGUGCACACGUGGAAUUAUGAUCCAUGGGGAAAAAUGAAGUUAGACUGUUUCCAUAGACCAUUUUUAUAUCAAAUGCUAGUUUUUUUUUCCAGUAUGUCUGCAAAACUGCUGAAUAAUUGAAUGGGAUGAUGAUGUAUGCGUUUAUUACUUGCCUUUGGGUUGAUUUCUGCAUAUGAAAUUGGAUCAAGGUUACUGUUUUUGCACCUGUGUGGGGAGAUGAAAGUGCUCACUCACAGUGGAGUGUAGAAUUUCAGUAACAGAAGUUCAAAGUACAUUGAAAAACAGCAGGUCUGUUCAUCUAGCUGUUGCCACAUACAACUAAUGCUGGCCACGAUUCUAUUAGCCACAGAUUUCUUACUCAAGAGUACAUGGAAAAUGCAUACUCAGUGAGCGGUGGGACAGCGGUAGCAUGAGUCCUUACCUCAAAUGAGUGUUUUGAGAUGGAGCUAGUUUUUCCAGGCUACACUAUACUUGGAACCAUGCCUUGAACUGGUCUAAUGUUGCAACUGCAGUUUUCAGAUGGUCCAUCUUCUGCAAGACUCUGUUCAUUAUGCCACUGAUUCUGUUACAGAACAGCUGUUUCAUUAUUUAAAUUGAGACAUAGCAUCUGUUUCCUCACUUUUGAAGAGUUCGCUCAGUGCAAAGCUACCCACACCACUUAAAAGCAAACAUUCACUUGCAGCUGUAUAUGCUAACAGGGUUAACAAUACUUUGCAACUGAUAGAAAAAAAUCCUGAUUUUUUUUUUUGACUUGCCCUUUCCUCCUAAAUUUAUUUAAAAGUGCCCUGUUUCUCCUUUUACACUCUUCAAAGUUUUUAAAUAAAUCUGUAGGGCAUUAAUACUGCUGUGGUUCAUUGUUUUAUAAAUGUUUUUGCUGUUUAUGAAAAUCUGUGGAAGUUUUUGAUCAUGUAAAUUUCAUUUUUCUUCCAACACAAGAUGUCACAUCAAUAAAACCUUAGAGUUCUUAGGGCUUUGUGUUAGUCCUCACAUUCAA